GUUGCGCACUCUCUGAAGCGCCCCAAGGAGAGCAGAUUCCGGGAGGUUGGGAUUGUCAACCGCUGUGGGGGCGCCCGUUAUUGCGCAGGCGCCUCAGGAAGCGCGGCGCGGCGCCCCUGUCCCUUCAAGUCUCCCUCGCCCCCUGGACCCGCGAGCGCCGGCUGCGCGCCCUGGAAAGAGGCUGCGGUGGCGGUUACAUUCUCCCAACUUCACAUGGGCUAAGAAUGCCAGUGAGAAUUGCCUGACAUCCAUUCUGUCCAGGAACCCUGACUGCUCUCCUUCAACACAUUCAAUAUGAAGUUAUUAGUAAUACUUUUAUUUUCUGGACUUAUAACUUCUUGUAGAGGUAACUCUUCCUUUAGUUUGCCACCGAAGUUACUACUGGUGUCCUUUGAUGGCUUCAGAGCUGACUACCUGCAGAACUAUGAAUUUCCUCAUCUUCAGAAUUUUAUCAAAGAAGGUGUCUUGGUAGAACAUGUUAAAAAUGUUUUCAUCACAAAAACAUUUCCAAACCACUACAGUAUUGUGACAGGCUUGUAUGAAGAAAGCCAUGGCAUUGUAGCUAAUACCAUGUAUGAUGUAAUCACAAAGAAACAUUUUUCUGACUUGAAUGACAGGGAUCCUUUCUGGUGGAAUGAGGCAGUACCUAUCUGGGUGACUAAUGAGCUUCAAGAAAACAGAUCAAGUGCUGCCGCUAUGUGGCCUGGUACUGACAUACCCAUUCACAAUACCACACCUUCCUAUUAUAUGAAUUAUAGCUCCUCGGUGUCAUUUCAGGAGAGACUAAAUAAUAUUACCACGUGGCUGAGCAAUUCUAAUCCACCAGUUACUUUUGCAACGCUCUAUUGGGAAGAACCAGAUGCAAGUGGACAUAAAUAUGGACCAGAAGAUAAAGGAAACAUGAGCAGAGUGUUGAAAGAAAUAGAUGACCUUAUUGGUGACUUAGUCUACAAACUCAAGAUGUUAGGAUUGUGGGAAAAUCUUAAUGUGAUCAUUACAAGUGAUCAUGGGAUGACCCAGUGUUCUAAGGACAAACUGAUAAACUUGGACCUCUGCAUCAGUCACUCAGACUACACUCUUAUAGAUAUGUCACCAGUUGCUGCAAUACUUCCCAAAAUAAAUAGAACAGAGGUUUAUAACAAACUAAAAAACUGUAGCUCUCACAUGAAUGUUUAUCUCAAAGAAGACAUUCCUGCCAGGUUUCAUUACCAGCAUAAUGAUCGAAUCCAGCCUGUUAUUUUGGUUGCUGAUGAAGGCUGGACAAUUGUGCUAAAUAAAUCAUCACCAAAAUUAGGUGACCAUGGUUAUGACAAUUCUUUGCCUAGUAUGCAUCCAUUUCUGGCAGCCCAUGGUCCUGCAUUUCACAAAGGCUACAAAUACAGCACAAUUGACAGUGUGGAUAUUUAUCCAAUGAUGUGCCACAUCCUGGGAUUAAGACCACAUCCCAAUAAUGGAACCUUUGGUCAUACUAAGUGUUUGCUGGUUGACCAGUGGUGCAUUAAACUCCCAGAAGCCAUUGGGAUUGUUAUUGGUGCACUCUUGGUCUUAACCACUCUAACGUGCCUCUUCAUAGUCACGCAGAAUAGACUAUCUGUACCGCGGCCGUUUUCCCGACUUCAGCUACAAGAAGAUGAUGAUGAUCCUUUAAUUGAGUGACCUGUGCUGGGGCUUAUACAAAGUGUCUUUGCGUAGUCACAAAACCAAGGAUACACCCAAGGUAUUAUAACUAUGAAAAAGGAUAUUUUGAAAGACAAGGAAUUUAUACCAACCAUGUUAAAAUUAUUGUUUUAUUGUUUUCCUUUGUGUUUUCUUUUGGUGCAUUAGCUAAUAAAAAACAAAACAAAAAAACCAAAACCUAACUAUAGCAAAAACUGCUAGUAAAUCAUUAACUAACACAAUUUCUCUAAUUAGGAAAAUUUUUUAAGAAAAACACUGCCUUUUUUCUUUUUUUCAAUGAAAAUAUGACACAUCUUUAGAUGAAAAUAUAUUAAAAUUUAGUAUGCAUGCUUUUCUAACAAAUUUUUAUAUCUCUAAAUGAAACAAUGGGAUCUUUAUGUAAUUAGUGGAAUUUGUGCAUCAGGGAGGAAAAGCUUCCUAUAUUUUUAUAAGAGGGUUUGUAUCCAAAGUAAACCCUUGACUUAGGAAAUUCUCUGUAACGGUUAAUAAAAUCAGCUAACCAGACAGAAAAGAUUAAGCAUAUGAAGAUAUUAAGAGAAAAUAUUAUAAAAAACUAAAGAAGACAAUGUGGUACAAAGCCUCUGUCUUCAUCAUUAUGUCUUUGUUAAGACACUUAAGCAGCUGAAAUCUCAAAAGUUUUAUCUUUUGAAGAUUAUUGCUACUAAGACAUUAAGAAAAUAGAGAAAAGUGCAUUUCUCUGUGCUUAAUACCUUUGUGUAAGUUAUUUGUGUGUGUGCACAAGUCUGUUAGCAUGUUUGGGUGUGCACAGUUUAUGUGACUUAUAGAAGGCCCUCAGAGAUGGACUUGACCAUAGGUAGGCUUCCACAUUCCCAUAGAACACAGCUCUCAGGAAAGGUUAUAUUUGCAGUUCAUACUUGUUUACCUUCUUCUAACUCACAAGUUAAAAAUCAUAAUUUUUAGAAUUCAUUAAUUUUUUUUUACCAUUUUUAACUUUUGCAUGUUGAUUAUUAUCAUCAGAGUUAUCCAAGUGCUAUAGAAAAAUGUAUGACCUCAUUACAGAUCUCAUUUUGAUUGGGUCAGAAUAAGGAAGAGAGAUUUUUUUACAUUAACCUUUGGGACUUUUAAGCCUUACUCUCUUAGACUAUAGAGUAUUUACAAUUUAUAUUUAAAAUGGAAUUUAGUAUCUUUUGCUCUUUCACAUUAUUCUUAUGCUAAGUGGUAGAAGAAAUUCUCAACACUCCCUAACAUUUCCUAGCUUGAGUGCUAGGUGGUACCUUUUAAUAAUCAAAAUUAAGAUGAAGAAACUGAGUUGUGGUAGGCUACAUUGUCUCUAUUAGAGGAAAAAUUGGGUUAAAGAACCAUUCAUUAGGAUCUGAGGCAAGCUAUUGAUAUUAAUAGUGUGAUCUUUAAAGUUUUGACAAUAUAAAAUAAACUAGGCAACUGUUUUUCAGACAGAAAAAUAAUCUACAGGAAACAUACAGCCCAGUUACAUGUUGAUUAUCUGUGAUGAUUAAGAACAGUGGUGCUAAUCAUCAAAUAUAUAUUGGUCUCUGCUAAUUUCCUGAUCCUGGUAUUCAGUGCCUAUAGUAUUUGGGAUUCUGGAAAAGCAUUUCCACAUCCUGCAUAAAUAGUUAAUGCUGUUAUUGGUCAUAAGUUAACUGUAUUAAGAAGAGCAUAAUAAAUAAAUGAAAUAAAACCAAUAGGAUUAAUCUUGCUUUUUGAAAAAUUUUAUCUCUGAUGUGUUUUUUUCCUCACAUAAAAGUUAUCCUAAAGGUUAGUAGUUGAUCUGAAUGAAAUAAUAGAAAAUUUCCUUUUCUACUUCAAUUUUCAUUAAAAAACAACAACAAAGAAUAGAACAGUCACAUUUAAAUCCAUGGACAUUUUUAAAAAUAGUAGCAGGUCGUUUCACGCUCUUUGAAUAAAGAGAGAUUGGUCCUUGGAAUCAUUUAGGCUUUAGUGACUGCAUUAGCUUGAUUGGUGGUUAUGAGUUUCAGAGAUCUCUAUGUGGCAUCUGGCCUGUGCGUAGGUUUUUAUAGAGGAUAGAAUAGGAAGGGAUGCCCUGACUGUAUCUUAACCUUUGGACAAAAGACACCUAUUUGUCUUGCCUUUUAUUCUCAAAAUAUUAACUUUAAUUAAAAUUGUGUGUGUGUGUGUGUGUGUGUGUGUAUUCAUGGCACAAGAACAGAAUUUAAUCAAAGAGAUGUUUAUAUAUAAUUAUAUUGAACUUUGUGUUAAUUCAUUUCUACCUAUAAAGCAUGAUCACUGUUAAAGCCACUGACCCUUUAAUGCACUGAGAAAAUCUUUUAGUAAUACUAGCCUUUUAUAUUAAGGUUUUGGUGGAUUUUGUUAAACAAUUGACAAAUAUGCUGCUAUGUUUUCUGGGUGGUAGAAAGUAUUUGGCUGUUUGUGACAUUAACUGCUUAUGACAACAAUACACAGAGGUCAUAGGAAAACUUUUUGUUAAGUGUUUUUUUUAUUAAUUCAGUGAGUGAAUUAAAAAUAAGUACAUUUACUUAUAAAACAAGGACAGUUCUCCUGUCAUGUGCAAGUUCUGGUCAUUAUUUCAGUGCUUUGUACUAUAGGCUUUGUGUUAUUGUUCCAUUAAGCUUGGUCUAAGAAUUUAAAGAUACAUUUUUGGAAUAUUAAAGGAUUAUAAAUGCCUUUACAUUGUUCUUGGGUUUCUCUUUCUCUAGCCAAUAUCUGGUAAGCCUAAAGGGUGACUGCAUUUAAUUUAUUUUAUUUGGAGGGUUUUACUUCAUUGUGAAUACAUAAAGUUACAAAUGCAGGACAAAGAUGAGAUGGAAAUAGUCUAUUGUCAACUUUUAAAAUAAUGUGUAAAUAAAAUGACAUGAGUGUGCUUUUAAAAAUGUGUAUGUAGU